AUGAAAUACUUAAAUUUGAUCUAUCUAUCUAUCUAUCUAUCUAUCUAUCUAUCUAUCUAUCUAUUUUUCCUUUUUGCUCUCGAUUACCUUUUUGCGCCUGUUUUUCUUAUUAUUCCCGCUUUCCUAUUUGUUCCCGCUUUAUUUUUAGCUCACGAUUUCCUAUUUGCUCCGUUUUCCUUUUUCUUCCCGUUUUCCUUAUUCUUCCCGUUUUCCUAUUUGCUCCGUUUUCCUUUUUCUUCCCGUUUUCCUUAUUAUUCCCGCUUUCCUGUUUGUUACCGCUUUCGUUUUAGCUCCCGUUUUCCUAUUUGCACCCGUUUUCAUUUUUCUUCCGGUUUUCCUUAUUAUUUCCGUUUUCCUUUUUGCUCCCGUUUUUCAUUUUGCUCCCGUUUUCCUUUUUGCUCCCGUUUUCCAUUUUGCUCCCGUUUUCCUUUUUUCCCCGCUUUCCUUUUUGUUACAGUUUCCCUUUUUCUUCCCGUUUUCCUUUUUGUCCCCUUUUUCCUUUUUCCCCGUUUUCCUUUUUGCUCCCGUUUUCCUUUUCGCUCUCGUUAUCCUUUUUGUUCCCGCUUUCCUUUUUGUUCCCGUUUUCCUUUUUCUUCCUUUUUACUUAUUAUUUCCGUUUUCCUUAUUCUCCCGUUUUCCCUUUUGCUCCCGUUUUCCUUUUUGCACCCGUUUUCCUUUUUCUUCCCGUUUUACUUAUUAUUUCCGUUUUCCUUUUUGCUCCCGUUUUCCUUUUCGUCUCCAUUUUCCUUUUACUUACCGCUUUCCUUUUUGCGCCUGUUUUACUUAUUAUUCACGCUCUCCUGUUUGUUACCGCUUUCUUUUUACCUCUCGUUUUCCUAUUUGCUCCCGUUUUGCUUAUUAUUUCCGUUUUGCUUAUUAUUUCCGUUUUCCUUUUUCUUCCCGUUUUUUUUUUUUUGCUCACGUUUUCGUUUUUUUCCCCGCUUUCGUUUUUGUACCCGUUUUCCUUUUUCUUCCCUUUUUCCUUUUGGCUCCAGUUUUCCUUUUUUUCCAGUUUUCCUUAUCAUUUCCGUUUGUCUUUUCCCGUUUUUCCUAUUUUGUUUUCCUUUUUUCCCUUUUUUUUUUUUUUGCUCCGUUUUCGUUUUUUCCGUUUUUGCCUGUUUUGGCUCCAUUAUUCUCCUCCCGUUUUCCUAUUUGUCUUCCCUUUUUUCCUUUUUCCUUUGCGUCUUUUUUUUUUUUUUUCACGUUUUUCUUUUUUUCCUCCGUUUUCUAUUUUUUGUGUUGUUUUCCUUUUUUCCUUUUUUUUUUUUUUUUUCCUUUUUGGCUCCAGUUUUCCUCUUUCUUCCUUUUUUUUUCUUUUUUCGCUCCCUUUUUCCGUUUUUUUUUCGCCCCGUUUUCUUUCCUUUUCCUUUCGUUUCCGUUUUUUUUUUCUUCCCGUUUUACUUAUUAUUUCCGUUUUCCUUUUUGCUCCCGUUUUCCUUUUCGUCUUCAUUUUCCUUUUCCUUACCGCUUUCCUUUUGCGCCUGUUUUACUUAUUAUUCCCGCUUUCCUGCUUGUUACCGCUUUCUUUUUACCUCCCGUUUUCCUAUUUGCUUCCGUGUUUUCUUUUUUUCCUGUUUUUUUUUACGUUUUUCCUUUUCUUUUUUUCCUUUUGGCUCCAGUUUUUUUUUUUUUUUUUCCCGUUUUCCGUUUUUUUUUUUUUCCCUGAUUUCGUUUUUGCUUUGGGGUUUUCCUUUUCCUUUUUCUUUCCUUUUUCCUUUUGGCUUUUUUGGGUUUUUUUUUUUCCAUUUUUUCCUUUAUCAUUUCCUUUUUUUUCUUUUUUUUUUUUUUCUCUUUUUUUUUUUUGAUUCCUUUUUUCCCUUUUUUUCUCCGCUUUCCUUUUUGCGCUUCUCCGGUUUUCCUAUUUGUUCCCGUUUUUCUUUUUCCCGUUUUUUCUCCCUUUUCCUUUUUCUUCCCGUUUUCCCUUUUGCACCCGUUUUCCUUUUUUCCCCCGCUUUCCUUUUUGCUCACGUUUUCCUUUUUUUCUCCGCUUUUCUUUUUCUCCCGUUUUCCUUUUUCUUCCCGUUUUCUUUAAUAUUUCCGUUUUCCUUUUUGCUCCCUUUUCCUUUUUUCUUCCCGUUUUCCUUUUUGCUCCCGAUUUCUUUUUUUCCCCGCUUUCGUUUUUGCUCCUCUUUUCCUUUUCUUUCCUGUUUCUCUUUUUGUUCCCGUUUUCUAUAUCAAUUUAUAUUUGUAUCUCAAAUUGUUCAUAUCUAUCUAUCUAUCUAUCUAUCUAUCUAUCUAUCUAUCUAUCUAUCUAUCUAUCUAUGUCUAUACGUUCAUAUCUAUCUAUCUGUACGUUCAUAUCUAACUAUCUUAAUACAUUCAUAUCUAUCUAUCUAUCUAUCUAUCUAUCUAUCUAUCUAUCUAUCUAUCUAUCUCUUAAUACAUUAUCUAUCUAUCUAUCUAUCUAUCUAUCUAUCUAUCUAUCUAUGUCAAUAUGUUCAUAUCUAUCUGUCUAUCUGUACGUUCAUAUCUAACUAUCUUACUACAUUCAUAUCUAUCUAUCUAUCUAUCUAUCUAUCUAUCUAUCUAUCUAUCUAUCUAUCUAUAUACAUAUAUAUCUGUCUUUAUAGAUUCAUAUCUAUCUAUCUAUCUAUCUAUCUAUCUAUCUAUCUAUCUAUCUAUCUCAAUACCUGCAUAUCUAUCUCAAGACAUUCAUAUCUCUCUAUCUUAAUACGUUCAUACCUAUCUAUCUGUAAACAUUCGCAUGUUCAUUUCCCCCUUUUUUUGACACUUUAUCUUCAUUUAUUCCCCAUCUUGUUAUCUAUUUAUAAUCUACGUACACAGCUUGAGAUUUCCGCCCUUUCCUCUCAUUCGUAUAUCCACAGUUGGCCUUACUUGUCUUCACUUUCCUCAUAUACAUAUGGCCUAAUGCUUUCCUCACUCCAUCUCCCUGUUCUCCUUUCUAAAAUCCUGAUUGUAAUCUACAGCCUACCCACGUCUCUCGUGGCAUUAACUCCCUCUUCUAUUUCUCUCGUAUUCUUUCUGCCUUCUUUCUUUCUUUCUUUCUUUCUUUCUUUCUUUCUUUCUUUCUUUCUUUCUUUCUUUCUUUCUUUUCUCUGUUUUUAUUCUCCGCUAUUUAUCAUCCAAUCGCCUGCCUUCUUCUUAUUUAUUUAUUUUUAA